AUGAGCCCCAACGAGCAUGCGCAGUGGGUCAGGCAGGAGCAGGAGAGCAGGAGGAGGCUGAGGAUUCAACAGGUGCGCGAGCAGCAGCGGCACAUCGCCCGCUCCGUCCGUCAGAGCGUGGAGCAGAGGAGGCAGCAGGAGCUGUCUCUGCUGGAGGAGCAGCUCCGACAGCAGUGGGAGCAGCAGCAGGAGGAGCGCCUCCACAACCUCCAAGCACUGUACCAGGAGAACCUGCUUCUGCUGGGACAGGGACACCGCAACGCACGGGAAAAUGAGGUGGACAUGGGCGUCAUCCUGCAGCAGCAGCAGGAGGACCAGCAGAAGGCUGAGGAGCGUUACCAUAAAGCCCUGAAGGAGCUUCAGCUGCAGAAGCUGCAGCAGCAGCAGAGCCAGAGCCGGUCGACUGAAGCUCGGAGGAGGGUCCUGCAGCUGGAGAAGAUCAGAGCAGCUGAGGUGGCCCGCCUCCCCCCGCGCCCCCCCCAGGCCCUGCACUCACAGCCCGACCCCAGACCUCAGCCUGUGGUCCGCAGGUGCGACGCCAGCUCCUUCGCAGCUUCACACUACCACAUGCCUGAAGCCACGGUGGGCAAGGAGGGGCCCGUAUCACAGGCCAGUGCACGUGAGGAGGCGGAGCUGGAGGCGCAGAGGGUGGAGCUGCUGAAGAAGGAGGAGCAGAGGAGGAGUGAGGAGCAGAGGGAGAAGGCUCGUCUCAGAGGGAUCCAGGCCCUGAGGAGGGAGCAGCAGAACCAGGAGCGCGGGCGCCUGCUGCAGCAGCUGGAGCACCUGCAUCAGACUGACCUGCUGCGGAGGAGGCACAGGGCGCUGCUCCUGCCUCUCCACAGGACCCAGGACGAGCAGGAGGAGCUGCAGAGAGACAUGGAGCUGGCCUUCCAACACAUGUACAGCGGAGAGAGAAGAGUGAAGGGAGACCUGCUGUGUGGCCUGGUCCCGGAGCCUCUGCCCCCGCCCUCCACAGACAGCCUCUGCCCCGAGCUGGACGUGUCCCAGGACGAGCCCCCCCAGCCACAGCUGCAGGAGGACGACCCCAGGACUGGCUCUGUGCAAGAGUCCUCCAGCGCAGCAGUGCCCCUAGAGGCCGCAGACGGAGCAGCACGCGGAAGACCAGGCCUGAAGAGACUGCUGACCCGCAUCCAAUCACAGAGACGGCAGUGGAGCGAGAGUGAAGGAACUGCACCGUCCAGCCCCCCUGCCCCCCCUGACCUCCGUACUGACCCCCCCAGAAGCCAGCGCAUAGACCCCAAAGACACCAGCAGCCUGGACACCGGCUCGCUCACCAUAGAGGAACAACCAUCUAAAGAGGAAACUGAAGACUCAAUCACGUCCGCCAAACAACUCCAGGAGAUAGAAGAACAAAAGAAAAAGGAGCUGUUGGAGGUGCUGCAGAGGGAGAGGCUGGAGCAGGAGCAGAUCCUGGAGCAGCUGGAGCGACAGAGGCUGGAGCUGGAGAAGAGACUGACUGAGGCCCAGAGAGAGAGUGCUGCACUGAGGGCCCCCAGCCCCGAGCCUGUGGACAGCAAUCCUGAGCCCCCCACUCCCACUGUGGAAGAACACCGACGCCGACUGCUGCAGCAAAAUGUAGUUCACCAGAAGACUGUGGAAGUGGCUCGUCAGCGAUUGGAGGAAUACCAGCGAGCUUUACGACUCCGACACAACACUGCCCCACGUUCCGCACUCCCUACCCCAGUCCCUGCCCCAGUCCCUGCCCCAGUCCCUGCCCCAGUCCCUGCCCCAGUCCCUGCCCCAGUCCCUGCCCCAGUCCCUGCCCCAGUCCCUGCCCCAGUCCCUGCCCCAGUCCCUGCCCCAGUCCCUGCCCCAGCUCCUCUGUCCUACACUGGUCCUUCCUCGUUUCUACCAGCUGUUCCAUCUGCCCUCCACCUCCCCGUUCCGACUUGUCCAAAACAUCAGGCUCCUCCUCUGAGCGAGUGGCGUCCUCUGUGUCCUCCCGGGUCAGACCAGGGCCCUGACAGUCUGACCCCCCACAGUCUGGCCCCCCACAGUCUGGCCCCCCACAGACAUGCCCUGUUUUUAAAGUUCAUCCAGAACAGACUGGGUUUGACCUCAGACAUCUCCCAAGCUCUCCCAACAAGUCCAGGUCCAGUGGUUUCUAUGACAACUGCUCCUAGUCCUGUGGUCUCUAUGACGACUACUCCUGGGCCUGUGGUUUCUAUGGCGACUGCUCCUAGUAGUGUGGCCUCUAUGGCGACUGCUCCUGAUGCUGCUGUGGUCUCUAUGGCGACUGCUCCUAGUGCUGUGGUCUCUAUGACGACUACUUCUAAUGUUUUGGUCUCUAUGACGACUGCUACUAGUCCUGUGGUCUCCAUGACAACUGCUCCUAGUCCUGUGGUCUCCAUGACAACUGCUCGGAGUUCUGUGGUCUCCAUGACGACUGCUCGGAGUUCUGUGGUCUCCAUGACAACUGCUCGGAGUCCUUUGGUCUCCAUAACGACUGCUCGGAGUCCUGUGGUCUCCAUGACGACUGCUCGGAGUCCUUUGGUCUCCAUAACGACUGCUCGGAGUCCUGUGGUCUCCAUGACAUCCACACCUUCUCCAGUGUCCUCCACUGGGAUUGGCUCGUGGCAUUCCUCAGCAGAUCCUACAGGAGUGCUGUCGAUGGGUUUGGGGUCAGUGCGCUCCACACUCGGGGGUCCUGGGACGAUCCCACCCUCUCUGCUGCUUCCCAGAGCAGAGGCUGGUCUGGGGUCUGCGGUGGGCGCGGAGGAGGAAGAGGCACCAGCGCGAGGUCUGACUCAGGGCUCCUCGCGGUCCUCUCUGCUGCAGACUUUGCUUAAAGCUCUGGAACGCUCCAGUUUAGGGAAGUGCUCCGACCACAGUCCUCCUCCUUCCUCCUCAGGUGAGUGCUCCGACCACAGUCCUCCUCCUUCCUCCUCAGGUGAGUGCUUCGACCACAGUCCUCCUCCUUCCUCCUCAGGUGAGUGCUUCGACCACAGUCCUCCUCCUUCCUCCUCAGGUGAGUGCUCCGACCACAGUCCUCCUCCUUCCUCCUCAGGUGAGUGCUCCGACCACAGUCCUCCUCCUUCCUCCUCAGGUGAGUGCUUCGACCACAGUCCUCCUCCUUCCUCCUCAGGUGAGUGCUCCGACCACAGUCCUCCUCCUUCCUCUUCAGGUGAGUGCUUCGACCACAGUCCUCCUCCUUCCUCUUCAGGUGAGGGCUCCGACCACAGUCCUCCUCCUUCCUCUUCAGGUGAGGGAUUCGACCACAGUCCUCCUCCUUCCUCCUCAGGUGAGUGCUCCGACCACAGUCCUCCUCCUUCCUCUUCAGGUGAGUGCUCCGACCACAGUCCUCCUCCUUCCUCUUCAGGUGAGUGCUCCGACCACAGUCCUCCUCCUUCCUCCUCAGGUGAGUGCUCCGACCACAGUCCUCCUCCUUCCUCCUCAGGCAGCAGGAGUGCUCCGUCCUCAGGCAGCAGGAGUGGUCCGUCCUCAGGCAGCAGGAGUGGUCCGUCCUCCUGUUCCUCGGUGGUGUGCCUCCCCUCAGCAGGAGCUACAAAGCCCCCCGUGUCCCGGACCUGGCUGGGCUGUGUGGACUCUCUGCACGAGCUCAGCGUCAUCCCGGAGGUCACUACACCGGCCAGUCUCAGCUUACUGACCGGGGCGGAUCCAGGGGCAGAUCCAGGGGCAGAUCCAGGAGCAGUGGUUGACGUUCAGGAGGUGACGGUGACGGACUGCAGCGGCUCCUUGUCUGAUUUGGUGCACCAUGUGGACUUCGGGAGUGGACCGGACCUCUCUGGUUCCUCUGUGGUCACCUCACUCUCAGCGGGGGCGGAGCGCGGCGCUCGGGGCUUGUCCAGCAGCCUCUCCACAGGCAGCUACAUCACCACAGACCCCGAGCUGCAGUCUCACGCCGACGAUGAGCGAGAGAAGACUUCAGACCGGUCUCCGGGUGGGUCUCUGCUCCGGCUCAGCCCUCACAGCAGAGAGGCUUUCACUGACAGAUUACCACCUCCGGGCUCCCCCCAGGUGUGUCCUGCUGUCCCUGCUGAAGUGGCCCCUGGGUGGGGCACUGCUGUACCUGCUGAAGUGGCCCCUGGGUGGGGCCCUGCUGAAUUGGCCCCUGGGUGGGGCCCUGCUGUCCCUGCUGAAGAGUCCUCUGUGUGGGCCACUGAGGGGGACGAGUCGUUCCGGCCCCUGGUGGGGGAGCUCCUGUGCCCAGCGGAGCAGGAGGGUUCUGGCCUGGAGCAGAUCCUGGGACAGCCCUCUGCACACUCCUCUGUGAUAGCGCCCCCUGGCUCCGGCUGGGAGAGCAGCAGCGGGCUCCACUGGAGGGAGGGGCUGUCGUACACACAGGACAGCACCUGGCACAUCCCAGGGCAGGAGCGGCCCCUGGACUGUCCAGAGAACAAGUCCAGCGCUGAGGCUUCUGCCAGCUCAGGCUUUCACCAGCUGCAGGCGGAGCUCACACAGAACCAAACGCACACCAGCCAAAACCAGGAGCAGCCUGGCCCCUCUGAGCCCUGGUCCCCUGAGCGGAUGAGGGGCGAGGGGCCCUCCAUCUCCACAGGACGGCCCUGCUCCCCCUCUGAGGCCCUACAGGAUGGCUUUGAGGAUAAGGGUAUUCUGGAGCAGUCUCAGAUCACUUUGGUCAGUUUGACAGACAGCAGCUCUGACGAACAGGACGCUGGCACACUGGAGGAGGCGGGACCAGUAACCCAGAGCGCAGACCCCGACACAGACCCCGACCCAGUCCUGGAGCAGGUCACAUGUAAACCGGCCGGGCCCCGCAGCGGUCAGCGAGCUCUACACUUCCGCAAGAAAACUCUUGAGAAGCUGCGAACCAAAGACAUCCCGCCACACUAG